CAAUGUUACCUCCUUUAUAAUCUGUCUACAAAAUUAUUUGUCGUGUUCGUAUUUUGUGUCAUGUUUUCAUUUCGUUUCUGAAAUUGCAUACAACGGUAAACCAUUGUAAAAAUGGUUUACUUUCACACAUCGGGAAACGUAAAAGUGCUCAGAAAUAUUGUUCUUGACUAUGGGGCUGCAAGUGAGUUAUCUCCAUAUGAGUAUAUGAAGACGUACAUUGAAAAGUGUCCAGAAACCAUUGAAGACACGAAACUGUCAUGGAUAGCGGAGACGUUUCUGAGUUACCACAGACAUGGUCCAUUCUUAAAAGAAAUAGCAAAUCACCUGUCCGAGGAACUCACAUCCGAUGAAGAUCGAGAUUACUUUACGAUCAUAUUUCAUGCUGUCACCUUUCAAUUGGAACCCAAAGAUAUGCAAUUUCUUUAUAAGUGCCUCUUUAAUUUAAGCAGGCCGCUGCUGAGUACAUUUACAAAGUUUUUGAGUAACAAUGAGGUGUUGACAUUCAUUUCACAAGUCGCUCAAUCUAGUUACGAUACUAGUUUUAUAACAGACAAGAUUAUUGGGCCACUUUUUGAAUGGCAGCCUUACAUCAGUGAUAUGGCACAUAAUUAUGCUGAAUAUGUGAAGAAGAUGGAAAGUAGAAAAUUGAAACCACCGACGGUACCAGUUCAACCUAAUGUUUUAAACCGAAAAGGUAAGGACAUACCUAUACCACCUGUUCAGCCAAGUAUGCCAGUAACCCCCCCAAAUUCAUUGCGCAAUAAGAAGAAAAGAAUGCUCACAAAAACUGCUAUAGACCAAAAACUUAAACAAAUCCAUGAAAAAAAUAAACAAAGGGCUGCUCAUCUUUUAAAUGAUGUCAAAACUAAAGACUUUCAUUACGCACAAGCAAAAUCUGAAAAAUAUCACAAAAGAAUCUCCAGUCUCAGAGACGAAAUCGAAUUCGAAUGUUCUAAGCCGUUGCCUAAAACAAACGUGAAGGCUUUUGUAAAAAGUAGUGCACCUGUAGUUAAAGAAACCGCUGCGACGGUGAAAAGACUUAAUAAAAGAAUGCAAUUAGUAGAGGAAGAGGAAGUGCAGUGGUUACAAAAUGUUAUGAAAUGUUGUAGAAAUACUACCAAAAUUGAUGAAAUAGCAGAGCAGGACAGGCAAGAAAAAGAACGAGAACGAUUAUUGGAUAUAGAAAAAAAACAUUUAAUGGGUCAAAUUACAUAUGAGGAAGCUGUAAUCGCAAAAAAGAAAUUACAAGAGGAGAACAAAAAGAAAUACGAAGAAUUUUUAAAAGAAAAAGAAUCAUGGAAUGAAGAAAUUGAACGUUGGCGAAAACUAGAACUGGAAAAAAACCGAAAGCAAGUAGAAAAACUGUCUCUAAUAGAGCUCAGUCUAAUUCAAGCUAAAAAUGAAGUAACAGCAAAGAAAAAAGAAACAGCCGAUAAAUUAAAGAAGGAGUCUGAAAUGGUUUUAGCAAAGGCCAUGAAAGUGAAGCAGGAAGAGUUAGAACGUAGGAUCAACAUGAUAAGAGAAAUAAAAAUUUUAGCAUUGAUUGCUAAACAAGCUAAAGUGCCUAAAAUCAUAGAUUUAACAGAAACAUCUGGAUUGGGCUUGCUUUGUGAAAUGUCCUUGGCUGAACUACAGGAAAGAAUAAGUGCCAUGAAGAUGGGCUUAAAGGAAGAACUCGAAAAGAAAAGAAUGGUAAUAAAGGAUGAAAAUAAAGCCGCUAAACAGGACCUGGAAGAAACGAAAAGUUCAAUUAAAAACUUCUUGAGCGAACGUGCACUAUUACGAAAACACAAUAAAAAGUCAAACUUAACUAUAGUAGACCGUUCACCAUCUAAAGAAAUUAGUGAUCUGAAAAAGAUUCUAGAAGAGAAACGAAAAAUACGGAUCAAAUUGAGUUCUUGAUUGGUUCGUUAUGUUAAUGUAAUAGUUGGAUAACUGCUUAUUUUCCUUGCCUUGUAUUGUUGUUAAAAUAAUGAGAGGAAGGCGUUAUUGUAUACUUUACUUAAAUUAAACUUUCUCAAAACUUUU